CCAAAAUUUGGCGCCAAAACCAUAUCAAAACGAAGGCCAGAGGAGCAAGGUUUUCCUCAUUACACCUUUGUUCGUGUGUCCGGGCGAAAAAUAGUUCGACUUUGAGCUCCUGGAUCGUCCCAUAGAGCCAGCGGUUGCCAAGUUAGAAUAGAUUACUCGUUUAUUUGCAAAUUUUUGGCUCAAACGUUCUCUUUCUCUACAUUAAAAGCAGCCGAGAGCUGAUAAAGGGGUUUCCAUAUUCAAAUCGUUUAGGGGUUUUCAUACUGUUAAAAAAUGCCUGGUCCAGAUUUCAAAGCCGAUAAAGAGGUUUGCAAGGAUUUCCUGAAGAAUUUUGUAGCAGACAAUGGCGUUACAAAGUACAUGGACUUGUUGCAAGAUGUUGCUAACAGGAGAAUACGAUGCAUUGACAUUGAGCUUGAUGAUAUCAGCAAAUACAAGGAUUUUGAUGAAGGGUUUUUGGAUAGGGUAAGGACGAAUACUCGUCGUUAUGUUAGCAUUUUUGCCGAGGCAGUUGAUGAAUUGCUGCCCGAACCUACUGAAGUUAUUCCGAGGGAUGAUGACUACGACAUAUUAAUGAGGCAGAGACUAGAGGAGACCGGGGAAAAUGCAGACACUGUGGACCCUUUUCAGAAGAUGCCUGCAGAGAUUAAGCGAUUCUUCGAAGUUCACAUCAAAGCCUUUGCAAAGGAAAAAGCGUUUACAUUGAGAGAAGUAAAGGCCUCUCAUAUUGGACAGCUUGUCAAAGUGAUGGGUAUAGUUACACGCUGCUCGGAUGUGAAGCCACUAAUGCAGGUUGCAGUAUACACUUGUGAGGAAUGUGGAUUCGAAAUAUAUCAAGAAGUGACAGCUCGGACUUUCAUGCCUCUGUUUGAGUGCCCAUCUAAUCGUUGUAGGACAAACAAUGCCAAGGGCAAUCUCAUUCUUCAGUUGAGAGCCUCGAAGUUUUUGAAGUUUCAAGAGGCUAAAAUUCAGGAGCUGUCAGAGCAUGUUCCCAAAGGACAUAUACCUAGGUCGAUGACAGUACACAUGAGAGGGGAACUUACCAGGAAGGUUGGGCCAGGUGAUCUUGUCGAGAUCUCUGGAAUAUUUCUUCCUAUGCCUUACACAGGCUUUAGGGCCAUGAAAGCAGGUUUGGUGGCUGAUACAUACCUGGAAGCAAUGUCAAUUACUCAUUUCAAAAAAAGAUACGAAGAGUAUGUUCUGCAAGGUGAUGAACAAGAACAAAUUGAACGGCUAGCUGAGGACGGGGACAUUUACAACAAGCUUGCACGUUCUUUGGCUCCAGAAAUAUUUGGUCAUGAAGAUGUUAAGAAAGCUCUAUUGCUUCUACUUGUGGGUGCUCCCACUAGAAAAUUGAAAGACGGGAUGAAGAUAAGGGGUGAUUUGCACGUCUGCUUGAUGGGAGAUCCUGGAGUUGCAAAGAGUCAGCUGCUGAAACACAUGGUCAGUGUGGCACCUCGUGGAGUUUACACCACUGGGCGAGGGAGCAGCGGUGUGGGUCUCACAGCUGCUGUUCAAAGGGAUCCAGUUACGAGUGAGAUGGUCCUUGAGGGCGGCGCUCUGGUUCUUGCAGAUAUGGGUAUAUGUGCUAUUGACGAAUUUGACAAAAUGGACGAGACAGACCGUACUGCUAUUCAUGAAGUGAUGGAGCAACAGACUGUGAGUAUUGCAAAGGCGGGCAUAACAACCUCUUUAAAUGCAAGAACUGCAGUGCUAGCCGCUGCGAAUCCUGCCUGGGGUCGGUAUGAUCUCCGGAGAACUCCCGCAGAAAAUAUCAAUCUUCCUCCGGCAUUGCUUUCCCGUUUUGAUUUGAUGUGGUUGAUACUUGACAAAGCCGACAUGGAUAGCGACUUGGAAAUGGCUAGACACGUGUUAUAUGUGCACCAAAAGUGCGAGCCGCCCCCUUUGGGUUUUGCUCCUCUUGAUUCAUCCAUACUGAGGGCAUAUAUAGCAGCAGCGAGAAGAACGGUGCCUACGGUGCCCAAAGAUUUAACAGAGUACAUUGCCAGUGCUUAUGCUGCCAUGAGGCAAGAGGAAGCACAGAGUGAUGCACCACAUUCUUACACCACAGCGAGAACACUUUUAAGCAUUCUUCGAAUCUCAAUGGCUCUAGCCAGGCUUCGAUUUUCGGAUACUGUGGCCCAAAGUGAUGUAGAUGAAGCCCUCCGGAUGAUGCAAAUGUCAAAGUUCUCUCUGUAUGCUGAUGAAAGAAAGAAGAGCGGUUUGGAUGCCAUAUCUGACAUCUAUUCCAUCAUAAGAGAUGAAGCCUCCCGAAUGAACACCAUGGACGUUAGAUAUGCUAAUGCUCUCAACUGGAUUUCUCGGAAGGCUUACACAGAAGCUCAGCUUAAGGAGUGUUUGGAAGAAUAUGCAGCAUUGAAUGUGUGGCAAAUUGAUCCCAAUACAUUUGAUAUCCAUUUUAUUGACGCUUAAGUGCGCAGAAAAGGAACCCUACAAUGUAUCAUAACAAUGUAAAGUAAGCGUCCGCACGUUUCCAAAAAUUUUAGAAACAUAAAAGUUUGCUUUUCAGGCGUUCUUACGCUCAGCAACAUCUCUAAUUCUUCUUUGGUAUUAAUAUAAAAGUUUAUUUUCGUAGAUUAGGUUGAAGAUUCCGCCAGAUUCCUAAGCAACAUGGGAGUGAGUCAAUUGGUUUACCCUGUGAAGUUCGUGUCCAUCUAAGGGAUGUCUUUUAUGUAAAACGUGGCUUGAAUAUUGCUUCUAUUCCAUUUCCUGGUUGAGGAGUUACUUGUUCACUUUUUUUUUUGGUUUAAGUGAAGGUUGACACUACUCGA